CCACCACCAGCACUGGCUUCCAUACCGGCCCCCCCGCCACCAAUAAUGACCUUGGGCUUUUCAAUGAUCAGCUUUGGCCCUUCGAAUAGCCGAUUGACAACAGCCGCUCUCUUCAGCACCGCAAGCUCUCUUGAAAGCUCAUCGUAAGCCAUUUUUGUCCGUGCAGGAUCGGACUCGACCGCCGCUAGUCUGAAUUUGGCGCGAGUGUUUCGAAUGAAAUAGAGCCGAAAGUUGUAUGAUGCGAACGAGCGUGAAGCCCGGAUCAUUCCUCUGUAUAGCGAGAGUGUCGCCUUUCGUGUUGGUUGUUGCGAUGCCAUGGUGUUGGGGACGGUGGAAAUACGGCAGGUGAUGUGAGUCUAAAGGGUGCGGGGAGUUUGCUUCCGAGAGGUCAUUUGAAUUGCUGUUGUCGUCAUCGUUGUUACUCCAAUGGUCCAAAGGAUUUAAACCGUGCUUGCCCCUUGAAGUCGUCCUUUUCGACUUUGAACAUGUCUUUACCAUUCGAUAGCUCUGAUCCCGAACUACGGCUUGUACUGCGGCAUGUCCGGCUCCAAGCACUCACUCCCACUUCAGUGCUUGUGAACCUAGCUACCGCUGUCGUAUGCUCUCUCGCAAUUAAUCCAUCAUUAAGGGACAUAUCCAAUUCUUAUCCGACGCCACUCAAUGGGUCGUUCUCCUUGCUUUCGACGUAUGCUUUAAUGGUGUUCGUGCUGUUGAUAGGAUAUUGUAUAUUGCUGAUGAUGACGAAGAAAAGGGAAACGAGAGAAACAGCUGUUCACGGCGUUGGUAUCCGCCUUGUCAUCCUCCAAUGGGUCAUGGCAGCAAACAUAGUCGCCUUCACCCUCCAAUGGUUCUUAGUCUCACUCGUCCUUGUUUCUAUCUCUCUAGCAUUUUUGAUCUGGAUCCAAAUCACCCUCUACAUGUACCCCUCUCAUCAGUCUCGCCCUUUCGACAUUGUCUUCAUUCACGCGCCACUCAAACUCCUUCUCAUCCUAACUUUCUUGCAAACCUUUCCUCAAACACUGUUCGUCAUACUAGGAUGGUACCGUGACAAGAACCGAGAACAGGAUUACGAUGCUUUUAGCUGGCACGCUGUAGCGUUCAUCGUCAGUUUCAACACCGCGGGUUUAGUUGAAGUGGCGCUUCGUAGGGACUUUGUAUGGACUGUAGCAGGGACUUUGAUCGAAAUUGCGCAGCUCAUUCACAAGCCUAAGGCCUCCAACGUUCGGGUUGCUAAUCUAAUAUUCGUCAUUCUGUAUCCAGUAAUUCUCAUCGCCGUCAUACUUUGGGAAAGGUUCAAGAAGUCGAAUGAGGGCCAAAUCAGACUUUCGGACGAUGAAGUCGAACGGCAUGAGGUCGCUCGCGCCCGCGCACAUGCAAACCGUGUUUCUGGUGAAUAAGUUACAUAAGCGAAUUGUGUGAUUCUUUAGGCGUGCUUUUCUCCCUCUCCUAUUCGAAACGAUGGACUUUUUUCUUUUUUUCAUUUCUUGAGUCGGGAAAACUCCCAACUCGGACUCUCACGAAUUCCCUAUUCCGUACGAACGACCUGUUGUUGCAAAAAUUUGAUGAUAACUGUACUAUGAUUCGCCUCCCUGAGCCAUUAAUGGACCUCUCCAUCAAAAUGCCUCUGCGCUUAGGAAU